CUGUUAACACUAUCAGCUGGUGGGUCAACAAUUACUUUAGAUUUGGUAAACUCUUUAAUGAAUUAAAACUAAACAAAAAGAGCGUUAACAUACAAAAUUAACUUACAUACCAGCUGAUACCAUUCACCGGUCACAAUGCCUUCCUACGAACUAGCACUGGUGCUCCGCCAAUUGCCCCGCCCCGAACUGAUUUCCGUGAUUAGGCGAACGGCCGAGUCCAUCCUGGACAAGGGUGGCAUCAUCCGGAAGCUGGAGAACCUGGGAUCCCGCGCCCUGCCCCACAAAGUCAGCGAACACGGAGUGGUUCACCGGGAAGGUACCCACUUCACCAUCGCCUUCGAUACAGCGCCCACGAAGAUCGCAGACCUGAAGGAGGAGUUUGGCCGCGACAUCGACAUCAUACGGCGCUACAUCUUCAAGGUGGAGGAGCCCGAGCAGAAGCCCUGCACGCUGCACGAGGAGAUGCUGCCACCCGCGUAUCGCAAGGAUGUGCAGGAGAUCAUCGCGGCCGCCCAGAAGAAGCAAAAGAAGAAGUUCAACUACAACUCCGGCCUGGACUACUAUCCCUUCCAGAAAUAAAACUCCAAAUAAAACGCGUUAAUUAUGUA